UCGCGCGCUAGCUGUUCUCCUCGCCUCGCCUCGGCUUGCCUCGCGGUCAGCCCGCUUCGUUUCUGAUCCCCGCCAUGGAGGAGGCUGAGACGGACGCCACGGAAAACUCUCGCGCAUCUGAGGCCGAGCGAGCCUCGGCCAUGCCGCCUCCCAUCUCGCCGCCCGCCCUCACCCCGGCGCCCGCAGCCGGUGAGGAGGGCCCGGCGUUUUUGCCCGAGGCGGGCGGUCCCGGCUGCUCCGGAUCUCGGCCCCCGGAGUUGGAGCCCGAGCGUAGCCUGGGCCGCUUGAGAGGCCGCUUCGAGGACUUCGACGAGGAGUUGGAAGAGGAUGAGGAGAUGGAGGAGGAAGAGGAGGAGGAGGAAGAGAUGAGCCACUUCUCGCUGCGGCUGGAGUCCGGGCGGCCGGAGUCCGAGGACGAGGAGGAGCGCCUGAUUAACCUUGCUGAACUGACCCCAUACAUCUUGUGUUCCAUUUGCAAAGGUUACCUAAUAGAUGCAACUACCAUUACAGAAUGUCUUCAUACCUUUUGUAAAAGCUGCAUUGUCAGACAUUUUUACUAUAGCAACAGAUGCCCAAAAUGCAACAUAGUUGUCCACCAGACUCAGCCUCUUUAUAAUAUAAGGUUGGACCGACAAUUACAAGACAUAGUAUACAAAUUAGUGAUCAAUCUAGAGGAAAGAGAAAAAAAGCAAAUGCAUGAUUUCUAUAAAGAAAGAGGUCUAGAAGUACCUAAGCCUGCUGUUCCACAGCCAGUCCCUUCAAGCAAAGGAAGAACUAAGAAAGUCCUAGAGUCAGUGUUUCGUAUUCCACCUGAACUUGAUAUGUCUUUAUUACUUGAGUUCAUUGGUGCUAAUGAAGACACAAGACAUUUUAAGCCAUUGGAAAAGAAGUUUGUGCGUGUUUCAGGAGAGGCAACUAUUGGGCAUGUAGAAAAAUUUCUUAGAAGAAAAAUGGGUCUUGAUCCAGCUUGUCAGGUAGAUAUCAUCUGCGGUGAUCACUUACUGGAACGGUACCAAACUCUCCGGGAAAUCCGGCGUGCAAUAGGUGAUGCAGCAAUGCAGGAUGGUUUGCUUGUUCUUCAUUAUGGUCUUGUGGUUUCUCCUUUGAAAAUAACUUGAAGAUUCAAGGGUAUAUGAGAAAGAAACACAGUGAAGAGGCUUCUGCAGGUCUACAUCGCACCAAAGAUUCUCACAAAGCAUGUAGCCGCCACUACUUCAUGCUGUUACAAGCUGGCUCUGUCUUCAGCUCCAGAACCCUAGCAUUGUGUGUACAACUUGAAACAAUAGAAUGUAUCUGCUACACUAGAGACUAUGUAAAAAACAAAACACUCAAAACUCAGGGGAAAAAACUGAAAACACUGAAUUUUAAAAUUCCUUGUGAUUCCAAAUACGAGGAUGUUGCUGGUUGCUUCCCAUCUUUGAGGUAGGUUAGACUUUUGGCAGCUAGGAAUCUGUCCUCCCCGCUGCAUGGGUUGGGCAGGUGUCCUUGCAGAACAGCCUUGCUUUAAAUUCAAAGCCAGUCUGUUGGACCGCAGGGCACGCUCAGCACCAAAACUACUGGGCACAAUAGGUUCCUGUCCUGUUCUGAACUAACCACUACUAAAGCAGUGUCACCCAGCUCUGCGACUGCAGGCACUGUCUUCUGUUAGAUAUGGCUCUUCUUAACAUCCCUUACAGAUGGGACAGGUGUCACAAGGUACUCAUUGUGGCUGUUGAUAAUGGCACUGCUUCUAACAGUAGCAAAAAAAAGAAAAAAAAUUCAGGUGAAUUACCAGAAGUUUACAGAGUCCUUAUUGUUUUUCUCAGUCACUUAGCAUAACUGAUUCCAUGUUUUAAUGUUUGUUUUCUUGUCACUGGGAUAAAGAAUCAGUCUUUGAGAACCUUGCUUUCACAAAGACUUAGUUUUAAACAUUAUUUUGCCUAAAAUUAGCAUCUUACUGCUUUCUAAAAAAUAUUUUGUAGACUCUUAUUUUACUGCAAAAUUUCCAAAUCUGUACAGAAAUUGACAAAAUUGGACAUUGGCAACUGUUUUUGUAAAGAAUUUGUGAAUUGUGCAUAAAUCUCUUCUGACAUUUAAUAAAAAAUUAUUUUAGCCAA